AUGAACGGGGAAAAGCACAAAACUAAAUUAACAGAAGAACAAAUCACCUCAUCUCUGAAAAAUCUUCGAGACCAGAAUUUAAUUUCAAAGUCUAUUUACGAGAAACUAAGACCCACUGGCACCUCCAUUCCUCGCGUCUAUGGUCUACCCAAAGUGCAUAAACGUGACACCCCAUUGGGAUCAAUACUGGAUAUGAGUGCGUCCCCGUAUCACCACGCCGCUCGAUGGCUAGCAGAAUCACUAGAACCUGUUCGUCGAAAUACUGCUCAUCACAGCCUGAAAGAUAUCUUCGAAUUUGUGGAUUUUGUAAAGGAACAAAACACAAACGAUUUGACCAUGGGUUCUCUAGACGUAACGUCACUAUUAACAAAUAUUCCUAUACUAGAAUGUAUCGAGUAUUUAUGCGACAACAUCACAACAAAUGAUCUAAACAUUGGCAUCCCCGUAAUCAACCUAACAGAGCUAUUAUUAAGGUGCACAUUUAAUGUACAAUUUUUAUUCGAUGGACUUUUCUACAGACAAACUGAUGGAAUAGCUAUGGGUUCUCCAUUUGGACCCUUGUUGGCAGAUGUUUUCAUCGCAAAACUGGAAAAUCAGGAGCUCCGUGAUACGAUUAUGUAA